AAAAUGCGAAGUCAGUCAACUGAAAAUGACCUCCGAUGAACUCGAGUCGCACCAAGUUAAAAUACCGAUUGCCGUUUGCACAAAACCACAAAACACUCGCAUAAGAACAAUCAAUUGCUGAGAUAAAUCUUGUCUGCUCCAACAAGGCAACAACGGAUGCCUUGGAAUUCGCUAUAUUUAUACUCGCAUAAAAAGCUUCUUCGCGCUGGGAUCAAACGAAUUGUAGAGAGAGGUCAUGAAUACCAAAUCAGUGGAUGGAAAAGGUGCCAGCUUGCUUAAGUUGGUGGAAGAAAGAAUACAAAGGGAGGUGGAACAUGAGAGAAAAAAGCAGCAGGAAAGUCUGGUUAUUAUACCUUAUCUUCCAAAAGACUGCAUCUCUAAAAUUCUUGUUCUACUUCCGCUUGAAUCUCUCCAGAAGUUGAGGUUUGUUUGUAAGGCAUGGUAUGAGAUUGUUAAUAGUCUUGUUUUCAUUGAUGCCCAUCUUCAAGGAUCCGACACUGUGUUAGUUUUUUUAGCUCCAGUUUUGAAGGGCCGUCCAUUCUCCAGUGAUUUUAAAAUAUUGGACCCUCUCGUCAAACCAAACACUUUCUCCGUUGAAUCUAAGCUUUUGCAUAUGCAAUCUGUGCCUAUAUGUCAUUGGCCCUGCAUAGACCCUUCAUCUUUAUUUUACAUUAAGUUUAUGGAAAUUAAAGAUGGCAAGUGCACCAUAAAGGAAUACAACGAGACUUGCAUAGGCAAAAUCAGAGCAACUUGCAAUGGCUUAAUCCUGCUCGACAACCGGAUGAAGAAAGAGGGCUUAGUUGUCAUGAAUCCCGUGACUCAGGAUCUGUUGAGAAUUCCUUUGGGAACUCAGUCUUCUCCUCAUCAUGAAUCAUAUGGGUUAGUUUAUUGCCAUUGUUCGAGCAAUUAUAAAGUGGUGCACUUGUUUCAGGAUGAGUCACAGUACAUUGGUUGUGAGAUUAUUAACAUUGGGAGUAGAUCUUGGAGAGUUAUGGAUGGACCUUCUUUUGGACUUUUUGGUUGGCUCGGGUAUGAACCUGUUUUUGCAAUAGGAGCUCUACAUUGGCUUCCACUUAUUAAUCAUAAUGACUACAUAGUGUCAUUACAAGUGGACAACGAGAAGUUCAAGAAGAUACCGCUCCCAAAGAGUGGAGAAAUUCAUGAUCGCAUCAUUGCAAUGAGUGGAUUCCUUGGUUUCGUGACUCAUCAUGAAGACAUGAAUCGAAUUGAUGUGUGGAUUUUAACAGGUUUGGGCUGUGAAGUUUGGGAAAAGCUCUAUUCCAUAAGAAUGGAUUGCACUAAGAAUAUGGUUCCUCUUUACUGUUCAAGAAUUAAUGGUGAAAUAAUUUUCAAGAAAAAGGAUUAUGAUCUAUAUGCCUAUGAUUGUGCUUUGCAAAUUAUGAGGAAGGUUGAGUUGAAAAGGGGAUGUUUCCCCUUCAAUGGCUGCUACUUCCCUCAUGUGAAUAGCCUUGUCUCGUGGAAGAUUCCUGCAAAAAGGUGAAAAAGUUCGCUAUCAGUGAUAUGAUCUCCACAGCAAAGGGUAAAAGAAAGAUGUAGAAAAAAGAUGUGUUAGUUAUUGUCUAGUUUUAUGACUUUAUCCAAACAUUCAUGCAUAGUUGACUCAAUAUUUGUCGAGAAUGCUGUUUAGUUUGUUAUUGUAUGUAUAUACAGACAUCUUUGAUGUUGUGAGUUGUUGCUCUAGGCACUGUCUUCUACAAAUCAUUUUGUAAAUGUAGGUGUGAUUUUCAUGAACUGCCUUAUAUCAUAAAUGGUGAUAUUUGUCUUGGGUUUAAA